AUAUAUCUGGAAAUGUCGCCGUCCAAUCACCUGGUUUUGUUGCGUCAUUGUGAUUCAUCCAAUCAGAUGAUUUCUGAACUGUUCUUUUGCUCUGAACGCACCGCGCCAUGUUGAGAAGGAAAUUAACAAAGCUGCAAGAAGGAAGGAGAACAUCGGUUCGGCGUGUUUUAACACCUUUCCACCACCCGGAACGUCAUGGCUGACCCGGAGAAACAGCCUGAACAACCAAAGGCUGCACAGCAAAAGCAAGUCAUCGCUACUAAAGUUACCGGCACUGUGAAGUGGUUUAACGUGAAAAGUGGGUAUGGAUUUAUAAACAGCAUCUCGGUGAAUGAUGAGUAUCAGUGUAAGUCUGCAAUUGUGAAGAACAACCCCAAAAAAGCUGUACGCAGUGUGGGAGAUGGAGAAGUUGUGGAGUUUGAUGUGGUUGUUGGAGAGAAGGGCAAUGAAGCAGCCAAUGUCACAGGACCAAAUGGAGAACCUGUGAAAGGGUCACCAUACGCAGCUGAUAAACGCCGAGGCUACCGUCAGUGGUUCUACCCGAGAAGAGGUGGUGGUGGAAUGAGGACCCGUUAUGAAAGUGGUGAGAAAGGAGAUGAUGGUUCUGGUGGAGAAGCUCGUGAUGGCCAGGGAGGGCCACGCCGGUACAGACCAAGGCGCAGAUUUCAACCUAAUUAUUACAACAACAGACCGCGAAGACCACCAACUAUGAAUGAGCAAGUCCAGGAUGUUGGUGAUAAAGACGAUAUUGUAGUGUUUGAGGGCAUUGAGGGACGUGGUGGAGGUAUGAGAGGUCGUGGAGCUCCUCGCAGAUUUUUCAGGCGUAAUUUCCGUGGAGGCCGACCACCCCCAAGGAGGCCCCGUAGCCAGGAUGGCCAGAAUGUGAGUGAAAGUGAGGGUGGUGCAGGACCACAAGGGGGCCGUCCUCCUCGUCCUCGAUACCGUCGUCGCCUGCCCCGCCAGCCUCGUGGCCCACCUCGCAAUAGCCAGAGCGAGGGUGAAGCCAAACCAAAGCCUGAGCAGCGUGACAACCCUCCCCCUACCCAGGAGACUACACAAGCUGUGCAGAAUACCACCACUGAAAGCAGUGCUUAGAUUAUAACAAGGCAUCUUAAAGAGCACUCUCCAUGCCUCCUUAGUAGAACCAAGGCAACUUUUAAACUUAACAUCCAAUUUUGUGUUAGUGCAUGAAAUUUUAAAUGAAGCAGACCUGAUUUUUUAGAGUGAAGACGCCUCCUUGAGACAAAUGCCAUUUAAAUGAGCAUAUUCCAUCUUAUCCUAUCAUACUGAUCAAGGCUCAAAAUGAAACCUCACUUGGUGAGAUUUCAUUUAUUCUUGGAAGCCACGGGGAGAUGCAGUUGCAGAGCUAACUGCUUGCAGGCGAAAAACUUUUUAAAGAGGAAUAUCUUAUGUUGUGUGUGUUUAUUUUUUUUAACAAAGUGAUUGCUUAAAGUGAGUUACUUUGGCAAGCUGUUUUAUUUCACCAGCCGAAAUCUUAUGUUCUGAGGACAGGUAUCCUGUUUUGUUAUGUUGUGAAGUGUUACUUUUUGCUUUUCUUUUUUUGUUUUUAAAAGCAUUAUUUUUUCUAUUGUUUUUAUUUUGCUGAUUUAUAUAUAUAUCUGGAGCAGAAUGAAAUUAUGUUAGUUCUUAUUUAUUGUGGCCAGAAAAUUUAUUCAACCUCGAAAGGUUUGAUUUUGAGUCUUGUGAGCUUCUCAAUAUUCAAUCAUAGGAGGUUUGUCCUCAGCACAUAGCAAUUUGAGAAAGAGGUUGUUAAGAAAUGAAAGGUAAUGGUUACUUUCGACGACACUUACAAAAAUGUUUACUGAGAAAAUGUCAGCAUAUUAAAGAAAGUCGUCCAACUUUAAACUCCCCCUAUCUCCGGGUCAGGCAUGAAAUCAAAUUUCGCAGCUUUGGGGGUUUUGUGGAGUAGUUGGAAACACACUAGUAUUGAUGUGAUACCAUCACAGCCUCUUUCUCAACAUACCCCUUCUUGUCUGGUAAAAAUUUGUUAAGUCCAAUGUAAUACUGUAAUGGGUGUAUGGUAAUUUGUCGUAUGCACUUCUACACCUGUAAAAUAUUGGUCACCUUGGGGGUUUUUAUCUGUAUUUGCUAUGUGCUAAUCAACUUCCUGUUUUUGUAGGGUCAGGCAAAAAAAUACAAAAAAACAACCUUGAAUCCAUGCUUGUCCAACAAUGCAUGUGUUUGAUGAAAUGGUAAAAGUAUGUAUAAUGAAGAUAGUGUACAUGUUUGGAAAACUUUGCAAUGUGAAUUCCAGCUGAUUGAAAAAACCUUUGGCCAGGUUCUGAAAAAAACAAACUAGAAAUCUUGACAUAUAGCUAAAACUUCAAAUAUGGGUGUUAGUAUAGCAGCAAUAUGUCAAAAGACUGACUCCCUACAUGCGAGUUGCUGUCAAGUUUCAAGUUUACUGGCCUGCUAGUAAAACAACUUUGGCAUAAUAAACUGAUAAAACAGGGAAAUGAAAAAAGCUUUAAAUAUAAUUUAAAAAUCUCACCAAAGUGUGAAUUAUUUAUUAAUUUCUAAUGAGACUAAUUCUGGUGUUCUGAUUAAAGGAAUGAAUCUGGCAAUUUGCCACAUAUAUGUACAAAGAAAACAAUUUUUUCACAAAACAUGUGCAUUUUGAAUAAACAAGCCAAAAAAAUUGAAGCAAGACUAAGUUCAUUCCCAUUUUUCCCUGGUCCUUGGGUAGAUUUAGAAUUGAAGCAGAAAAUUAACUGGUGGUAAAGAUUCUUUUGUUUUUAAUGCAAGAUGCUGUUUGAUUAAAAUUUUCCACUUCACUUUCGGCUUCCUUUAAAAACAGUUUGAUUCAAUCAUGUGAUUUGAUUUUUUGUUUUUUUCAUACAUAAUAUAUUUUGUUGUGAAUUUUUGUCCACUCCGCAAAUUCUAUCAGUUAUUCAUGUCCAAAUUCAUUUGUAUCCAGAAUUGCCAUGAUGGUUGGAAUAUAUAAAUUUUUACAAGUC